AUGGAGCUCUUCGACUUGUUUGCCGAUCUCAAGGCCUAUGAGUUCGAGUUGAACUCUAUGAUUGACGGGGAGCACCCCAUAUCCACCAUCAUAACCAAGGCCUUGAUGACUUCUAAGGAGCCACCAAUGACCACUGAAGUAAAGACGGCUGCCCAACAGCUUUACAGCGAUGCUAACGUGAAAUAUUUUAACUGUGGUGUAAUAGGUAAUUACAACUCGGAGUGCAAAAAGCCAAAACGUGAUGAGAAGAAGAAAGACAACGAAAAUGAGUUGAAGGUCCUCAUGGCGGCUGACAGCAAGGCUAUGUGGAUGCAAAGCAACUCAGAUGACUCAUCAUCCAAUGAUAGUGAUGAUGUAGAGAUUAGUCUGUUAAGGUCUUCCGUAUGCAAAUCUGGUCUAGAAUUUGACAGUAAUGACUCAGACAAGUCAUAUAAGAAGUUAAACUUAGCAACGAACAAGAUUAAGCCAAUAAGCUUUGUCAAAGGGAGUCUAACUGAUAAUGGAACUAAUCAAAGUUGUGAGGAUCUAACCCUAAAGGAUGAGAUUACUUAUUUUCUGCCAACUCUUGGCUGGUUAAAACCUAGAAAGGUAGCAGCCAACAAGUCUGGCAUAUCAAAACCUUGCAAGAAGUCAAGCAGUUUUAAACAAAAAUCAUCCUCUAAGGUUAAGGGAUCGGCUACUAACAGGAAGACCUGCAUACAUAAUUCUAUCUCCUUUCAUCCAGUUCUCAUGGAAUUAUUAAACUUUUUCAUCUUCAUCCUGAGCUUCAUAUGGUGCACAAAACAUGUACUUAAAAAGUUCACAAGAAAUGCUCAAAAGAAACAAUCGUUGUCGCUGCCUCCAGGACCGAUGGGGUUACCCAUUUUUGGGAACCUCCCUUUCCUAAAUCCCGAGGUUCACUCUUACUUCACUGACUUGGCCAAGACAUAUGGCCCAAUCUUCUCCCUACGACUUGGAAACAAAAUUGCAGUUGUCAUCUCCAAUUCCUCGGUGGCACAAGAAGUUCUCAAAGAGCAAGACAUCAUCUUUGCCAACCGUGACGUCCCUAUUGCUGGUAAUGUUGGGUUAUAUGGAGGUUCUGACAUUUUGUGGAGCCCUUACGGGCCUGAGUGGCGGAUGCUAAGGAAAGUAUGCUUCCAAGAGAUGCUUAGCCGAACUAAGGUGGAUUCAUUCUAUCAUAUCCGGCGAAGGGAGGUUCGAAAGAUAGUCAAUAGCCUUUGGGUCCGGAGGAUGUCGCAGGUGGAUGUUGGGGAAGAGAUGUUCACGGCGGUGUUGAAUUCAAUAAGCACCAUAUUGUGGGGAGAAUGUGGAAAUGAGAUCUUGGAAAGGAAUCUAGGGACUGAGUUCCAUCUCUUUGUGGAAGAGUUCUUGAGACUGUUGGGAGUACCAAAUAUAUCAGAUUUUAUUCCAAGUCUAGCUUAUUUUGACUUGCAAGGUAUAGAGAAAAAUAUGAAGAGAUUGGUGAAGAGAUUGGAUAAUGUUUUUGAAUUAAUGAUAAAUGAACGAAUGAGAGAGGAUGAUAAUAAUAAGAAGGACUUUCUACAAAGUCUAUUGAAUUUGAGGAAGGGAGGAGGGCCUCUAAACACAAUCCAUCUUAAAUCGCUUUUAAUGGAUAUGAUUAUCGCAGGGACGGGAACAACAUCAAACAUGAUAGAAUUCACGUUGGCUGAGAUGAUGAAUGAUCCCAAAAUAAUGAAGAAAGCACAACAAGAAUUAGAAGUUGUGGUAGGCACAAACAAUAUAGUUGAUGAAUCACACAUUCACAAAUUACCUUAUUUGUAUGCAGUCAUGAAGGAAACACUCAGGUUACACCCUGCUGCGCCACUUCUCGCCCCACAUCUCCCUAGUGAGUCUUGCACCAUUGGUGGGUACACCAUCCUCAAGGGAACUCGUGUUUUCAUUAAUGUGUGGGCCAUACAUCGAGACCCUUCAUUUUGGGAGAAUCCACUCAAGUUUGAUCCUCAAAGAUUUAUGAACUCUAAGUAUGACUAUAGUGGAAAUGACUUUAACUAUUUACCAUUUGGCUCCGGUAGAAGAAUAUGUGUGGGCAUUGAAAUAGCAGAAAGAAUGUUUUUAUACUUGUUGGCCUCACUCCUACACUCUUUCGAGUGGAAAGAGUCUGAUGGAGAGAAGAUAGACUUAAAAGAGAAGUUUGGAUUUGUAAUAAAGAAGAAAAAGCCUCUUAUGGCAAUACCAACACCUAGGCUUUUGGGUCAAGCUUUAUAUGAGUAGCUAUAAAGCAAUGUGU